AUGGUGAUGAUGAUGGUAGAAGGACUGACUGAGGUCGGUCAGCAAUUUGAAGAGAGUGUCACAGAGACUGACCAGUCCUUUACGAAUGCAGAGUCUUAUGGCAUUCUGGGCCUGGGAUAACCCUGCUUGGCUGCUGAAAGGGUGACCCCAGUGUUCGACACAAUGGCCCAGAAGCUGGUGGAUCUACCCAUGUUUUCUGUGUACACGAGCAGUGACACAGGAGGUGGUGCAGGUAGCAAGCUGAUUUUCAGAGGCUAGGACCACUCCCAUGUCUCUGGGAACAUAGAUUGAGUCCCAGUCACCAAACAAGUCUACUGGCAGAUUGCAGUGGACACAAUCCAGGUGGGAGGCACCACGAUGUUCCUCUCCGAAGGCUAGGCCACUGUGGACCCAGGGACCUCCCUCAUCACAGGCCCCUCAGGCGGUAGCAAGCAACUGCCCAGACCACUGGGGCAGAGCCCAUGGACGGGGAAGUACACUCUGGAGUGUGUCAACAUCAGUGUCUUGCCGGAUGUCACCUUCACCAUCAAUGGGGUCCCCCACACCCACCAACCAACUGCCUACACCCUGCUGAAAUUCAUGGAUGGCAUGAAGUUCUUAAUCAGUGGCUUUCAAGGUUCUGACAUCCAACCUCCAGCUUGGUCCUUCCGGACCCUAAGCAAUGUAUCAUUAAACAGUUUUACUGCCUUUGACCAUGGGAAUAACCAUGUGGGGCUGGCCCCAGCAGUCCCCUAA